AUGGAACUAAAAUACAAUAGGUCAUACGUGGAUUACAUUGGCUUGGCUCCUAGGAAAUCUCAAAUGCUGAUGCUAAACUUAACAAAAGUGGUCAAAACCUUAUUCAUGGACAAUCAUAUCAAGGACUUUGCCGUCUGUAGUUUUUUUUUUAGUAACCGUCUUCUCUCGAAGCUUUACUCAGUGUUCUCUGAAGAAUUUGUGGGUAAUUCUACUGUCUUUAAGUGUCCCAUUCCACUCGAAAAAUAAUAAUAAUCAUAUUAUUACUUGUAAAAUAAUAUCAAAGAAGUGCCUUUAUUUCAUCCGCCUGGCCAGUUUCGUUCAAUUGUCCGAUUAAAGACAGAAAAAAAAGGAUCUUCCACUGUGGAGCUCUUCUGGAGAUCGUAA